AUGUCGCCUGAUCCAAAGACGAUGACGCCGCCCAGCGUGCAAACACUCGAUCCCCACAAGACAUUCGACUCUCGCCCGAUCUUCUCGCACGUCGCCACGUCCAGCGGACCAUGCCGCAUCGUCGCGACGGCCGGACAGGUCGGAGCCGACCACAACCGGGUGGUGCCCAAGGACCUUGACGAGCAGAUCGCCCUGGCCAUGACGAAUCUGGGCCGCUGUCUCGAGGCCGCGGGGGCCAAAGUCACCGACGUCUUCAAGCUGGUCUACUACAUCGUCGACUACGACCCGGCGCAUCGUCGGCACACCAAGCACCUCAAGGCGUUCUUGAACGGCCAUCGCCCGGCUACGACGCUGGUGCCCGUUCCCGCACUGGCGGAUCCGGAUUUCAAAUUUGAGAUUGAGGCGUAUGCGGCUGUUAGGCAGGAGCCUUUGAAGACUGUCGAAGUGGUGGUCGUGGGAGCCGGCCUGAGCGGUCUGCAGGCAGCCUAUGACCUGCAAAAGGCCGGCGUAUCGUGCGCAGUUGUCGAGGCUCGUGAUCGCGUGGGCGGAAAGACUUGGUCCGUCGAUCCGUUGGGCCAGGAGAAAUUCAUCGACGUCGGUGCAGCUUGGAUCAACGACACGAACCAAGCGAAGGCGUAUGCACUGGCAAAGUCCCUGGGCCUUGAACUCGUGGUCCAAAACACUGUGGGCCAUAUCAUCCAGGAGGAUCUCGGCGGCAGUACAGGAUUGUUUCCCUAUGGCGGAACACCCUCCAACGCGCCCGAGUCCAACGGGAUCCAACACAUGGUGUACAUCCGUGAACUGUUUGAGAAGCUGUGCCAACAGGUGGAUAUUCGCGACCCGGUAGGCUCAAGCGGGCGCUUUGACAAAAUGACUUUGGAAGAAUGGUGCAAGUCCGAGACCCAGUCCGAGACAGCGCUUGCAACGGUCAAGUUGUGGACAAGGGCAAUGCUCGGCCUCGAGCCAUCCGAGAUAAGUGCUCUCUACUUCUUGGAUUACUGCAAGAGUGGCGGAGGCCUGCUCCAGAUGAGAUCCGAUUUUCAGGAUGGGGGGCAGUAUCUCAGAUUCAUCAAAGGGACCCAGUCAUUGUCAAUCGGUCUGGCGAGUCUGAUGAAGCCAGGUUCCAUCGUCCUCAACUCACCUGUUCGGCACAUAUCACAAACUCCCGAUGGGAUCUACGUCUCGGCGGGUAGGGGAGACUUCAAGUGCCAGCGAGUCAUCGUCUCUGUGCCGACGGUCCUCUAUAAGGAGAUCGCAUUCGACCCGCCCUUGCCUGCUGCAAAAGUCGAGCUUGGUAAGAACAACAUGCACGGAUACACACUGAAGGUGCUGGUCAUGUACUCUGAGCCCUGGUGGCGCAAGAAAGGACUGUCCGGGGCCAUCAUGUCCUUCAUCGGGCCCAUCACCACAUGCCGCGACUCCAGCAACGACGAAAAGGGCCAAUUCUCCCUGACGUGCUUCACCAACGGCGAUUUCGGUCGCAAAGGAUCUCUUCUCCCGCAACAGGAGAGAUUCGGUGCGAUCUUGGCCCACAUCAAGCGCGUGUUCGGGCCGUAUGUCGACGUCCCGGAGCCGUUGGCGGUCACAGAACAUGAAUGGGCAAGCGACCAGUGGGCGCAAGGCUGUCCGUGUCCUGCCGCUCCCCCCGGAAUCAUGACAAAGUACAACCACGCCCUGAGGACGACUCACGGGAAAGUGCAUUUCGUGGGCACCGAGACCGCCUAUGAGUGGAAAGGGUAUAUGGAUGGUGCACUGCGAUCUGGAGAAAGAGGAGCAAAGGAGGUGAUUGAGGCUCUCAGGAGGGCAAAGCUGUGA